ACACACAUUGCGACUACAACCCUUACCACUUCACACCAGACGCUCUUCAACCUCUUCCGCUCGAGUCAGAAAGUCCAUCUCCCUUGCUUCCUGUCGCAAGAAACUUUGUGGCUACGGCACACCCAGUCUUAUAUCUUUGACGCAAAGAACAAGAAAAGAAAAAGACCUCAGCCAAAAUGUCUUCCAACGUUCUCGCCGCCAAGGACGUCAACGCCCCCUUCGCCAUCGCCGAUCAGACCGCCGUCAAGGGCGACGUCAAGAGCAUGGAGUACCACCGCCAAGUUCUCCAGAACAAGAUGGAGCAGGAGAAGUCCCAGCAGUACAUCUCACCCUCCGACAACAUCAUGAGCCCCUGCUCCGCCAAGCUCAACGCCCUGCGCAACAAGCAGAUUGGCAAGGUCAAGCCCAAGUCGCUCUUCGCGCAGGCAUCGUCUAAGAAGCUCGAUGGCGACGCCCUGUUCGGCGCCAAAUCUCGAUCCAUCCCGAAGGUCAACGACUCCUGAGCACACAUGUCCCCUCAUGCGUGUCUUUUGCGAUUGUUUAUGACUCGGGUAUCGGUUUUGGGAAAGGUCACGACGGUUCGGUUCUGGGGCGAUUACUUCCUUGUGUUUUUUUUACGUCGUCCCUUAGAGGGGGGAUACUUUCUCCGUUUUUUGCCUAUCCCUGCGAGAGGGUAUCGUCAUUGGCGUUCAGGGCUUAGGGAUCAUUGGCCUACCAAGGCGUGUUAGGAUAGAGAGAAGGAUCACGACACGAAACGAACAAACUCUCGAGGGCUUCCUCUCCUUCCUUCCAGAGGAGGCCCUUUUCUCUCAGGCAAUGUAUUUACGGGCCUUUAUUGAUUAGCCUGGCUGCCGGCAAGGCGAAGAAGA